AUGUCCAUAGCAACACCCAAUGUCGACAAAUGGAAGCAGGUACAUGCAAUCCUCGCUGAACAGGCUGGAGGGGGAACAGAGACAAUAGAGUAUCAAGCCAACGAUGCGAUGUCAGAGUUGCAGCGAAUGCUGCCGGAUCAGGUCUCCUUGGAUAAUCUCCACCAGUUACGUCGUUCACAGCAUUCCAAGAUCAUGGCUCUCAAGUCUAGGAUUACAUCAUUGAGAGCAGAGCUGGUCGAAAAGCAAGAUCCUGGAAGGAUGCAGGAAACGCAACGCUUGAUAUCGGACCUUAUCGGCCAAGUAAACGAUAUCCGUGAGAAAGCUGCGGAAGCCGAGGCCAUCGUGACGACCAUAACCAAGGACAUACAACGAUUGGACCUCGCCAAACGCAACAUGACAACAGCUAUCACCGCUCUGAGACGAUGGGGGAUGCUUCAACAGGCGCACAAGGAAUUGAAGGAACUACUUGUCAAGCGAGAUUAUGCUCCGAUGGCCAAUUCCAUAGCGGCGAUCGAUGGCUUGUCAACCUCUUUGCAAGCGUUGACCACCAAUCCGCCAGUGGCAUCUGUCUUCAAGGAGAUCUCGGAUGUACGCACGCGAGUCAAGGAUGCAGUCAGCCAUGAGCUAGACGCUUUCUUGCUGCAGGAUCCCAAUAAGCCGACUGACCGCGACAAAGUCGGAGAAGCGUACCUGGUGGCCGAUGCUCUAGGCUCGGAUUUCAAAGCUCAUGCGAUAGAACGAUACGUCAAUACCGAAUUGCGGGAGUAUCGGAGAAUCUUUGCACCAUCCAGCGAGGCCGGCCACCUUGACAACACGGCUAGGCGUUUUGCGUGGUUCCGUCGCGUCUUGAAAACCCAUGAUGAGGAACAUGCACCACUGUUCCCCCCUAGAUGGGAGGUAGAUCGCAUCUUGGUCGCGAAGUUCGCGGAUAGCACAAGGACGGACCUGAAAACGAGUAUAGAGGGGGACCGCACCCCUUCAGUUGCGACCUUGCUAGAGGCGUGGCAAGUCACACUAGAGUGGGAAGCCCAGAUGUCUCAGCGAUUCCAUAAACCCUUCGACAAGGUGGUUUCCGACUUACCGUUCGGUCAGGCUUCCGCCACCGUCUCCAGCAUAUUUGGAGAAUCGAUGAAGGUGUUUGUAGACGCUCAAGACAAAGCGCUCAGUGACAUGCUCUCGGCAUAUCGAGGCAAUAGGUCACGACCUUCACUAGAAGGAGCUUCGGUUGAGAGCGAGACACCAGUCUCAGUUCUGCCGUCGUCGACCGAAUUGUUCUACUUCUACGCUCAGAUAUUGGAGCAGUGUCGAAGAUACUCUACUGGCCGAGGCAUGAAAGACCUUGCCGGAGUUUUAGCGAAAUGGCUGCGAAUCUAUUCGGACGAUGUUCUCAUAGCUAGUAUGAAGAAGGUGGAAACGCGACCUUCUAUGGAUGGACGUCCCAAUCUUCAAGAAGUUAAGAACGCCUGCCUGGCACUCAACACUGCAGACUAUUGUCUUGUCACUAGUACUCAACUCGAGGAAAAGCUAAAAGAUACCAUCGAUUUGCAAUUCCGGGAUGAUGUCUCUUUUCAAGCGGAGAGGGACUUGUUCCUUGGCGUGAUCUCUGCUUGCCUUAUCACGAUUCUAGGCGAAUUAGAAUCGGCUUGUGAACCGGCUCUGUCUACUGUCUUGAGGACAUCCUGGUCGAAUGUCGAGAACGUCAGUGGAAGGUCGCCAUAUGUGUCGGAUUUGGUAGGAUCUAUCAAGUCUGUGGCCGAGGUGGUCCGCGAACGUGUCAACCAGAAAAGAUUCGUAAAAAGCUUUGCGGAUAAAGCCGUCGGCAUGAUCAUGACGCGAUACACAGCCGCCGUCGUUCGAAGUAGACCUCUCCGCAAGGUCGGGGCUGAACAAGUCCUCCUGGAUGUUCAGGCUAUCAAAGCCUGCCUGUUGGAAAUCCCGGAGCCAUAUACAUCUUCGACGGCGAACACUUAUACUCGUCUCGUGCAAAAACAAACAAGUCAACUCGAAACGAUGCUGAAAGUUGUUCUCGUACCAGAGGAUCCUCCUGAUGGCUUCGUACAGAACUAUUGUCUUUUGAUAGGGGACAAAAGCUUUAGCAACUUCCAAAAGGUCCUGGAUCUCAAAGGUACCUUGAGAUCCAAUCAACAACAGCUCCUCGACAUCUUUCUUUCAGUUACAUCUUCGAACCCUGAUUUGCAGGACACCUCGUUUCUCACUACCCUCGACAUGGAUCCUGAGAAUAAAAGCGCUGCAGUAGCGUCGAUGGUCACGCGAACAGAUUCGCGGUCCAACCUAUCAUCCCAGAUCGGAGGACCCCUCCGUUCCGAGACUCCCAAGGGCUUCGGAGACUUCAAGAAGCUUGUUUCAUUCGCUAUCCACGGUCAAUUGACUUUGUAGGGGACAGCCUCGCUCGACCUGUACCGUGGCUCUGCAUUAUCAUCGACGCUACCGUUUGUCCCAGCAAAGAUGUGAAAGUCCUACCAUCAUUCCCGCUAGCGCGUGACAUACACAGGGGGAUGCAUGGUGGUCGAGACGAGCUCUCGUGUAGCGAGGUAGUUCUAAGCGGAAUCAAGGCUCGAAGUCGCAUCAUAUGGAGGCCGAAACACGCCGUAACCUUGAUUGAGGUGUAUCUAGCUGCAUCUAGAAAUAUAGUCUGGCUCCUAACAGAAACCAAGUAGUGACAGCAUACAAGACGGCGACCCGUACCCAUACGACCUGCCCUAUCUCUUGCCAAUCCCAAAAGCGC